AUGGCGAAUCUGUCCAAUGAAGACAUGUAUGCGCGAUUCCGAGAUGCUCACCAGCCUGUGAGCGAUCUGAAUUUCGCGACAUGCCGUAAGAAUCCCACCAUAGAGGAACCCGAUCCCUCCGAUGGGUACAUGGGCUUAGCUCUGCAACCCUUCAUGCACAACAUGGCCCUUCUGGAAGCUGGAGAAAGUCUUGCUAGAUACCAGGUCCGCAAUCCGUACGAUCUCUUUGCCAGCUCGCUGGAGGAGCGACUAAGGGCUUUGAUGGACAAAAAUGGUCCAGAUGUUCAGCCUGAUAUCAGCAAGGAUUCAUGUACUACGGCCUCAAUCAACUGGGCUGAUCUGAUUCGAGAAGCCAAGCAAGAUGAUUUUCAUCAACGCCCUGAUGGCAAGUACUACUUCCUGUUUAGAAAUGAGCACUACAUCAUCAUGAACAAGCACGACUACGCAGUCAUGUCGAUCCUGAAAAAGUUUCUGCACCCUUGGCCUCCUUGGCCACACCCUGAUGAUGUCGACAAGGAGAGAAUCAUCUUGACGAUGGAGCACGACAAGGCGAUUAAGUUUAAAGCAGCCCACCCAGAAGUUGGCUCUCGCCUCGACGACUAUCUGGCAAAGCUGAGAGAGCGGGACCAUCACCUUGCUGUGUACAGAAAUGCGAUCAAGGACUGGAGCAAGAUCUACUUCGGGGCGGUCUAUGAUCUUCCUGGUGAGAGUCAUGAGGCUCCACCGGCUCCGCCCAUUCAGAUCCAUGAACCUCCUCGAGCCAUUUCAGUUGAUUCGGUCAAUUCGAUUGAAUUCGACAACCGAGGUGACAUCGAGUUUGAUGACCGAGGCGAGGUCGACUCUGCACCACCCGGAAGAGAAAGCUUUGCGGACGAAUCCACGGAGAGAAUGGACUAUUCCGUCUCUGAGACUUCUCAGAGACGUUCUCGUGCCAGACAGCGCAACAAUCUCACAAACGCAAGUGAUUCUGCUAUGUCUUCUAUCACUGAUGUUAAUGGUGACGACUACGACGAGAGCGAUGACGGCGAAGAGUCUGUUGUAAGGACCCCUACUACGAUAUCACCUUGCUCUAAGCGCAGAAGAGUCACCGCGGAUUACUCGCUCUCCGUGGGUGUACGAACGCGUCUCAAUCAAACUGAGAAGGAAAAUGGGUUCUCCGUUCUUGAUUCACUGCUGAAUGAGGGUGUCUCCUGGCCAUCUAUUGCCGUUCGAUACAAUACUGAAUUCGGCACUCACCGCAGUGUGGAAUCGGUGCGAGCUGUCUGGGAUCGAUUGAGUCUCAUCCAUCAAACAAUCGAGUGUGCGACAGCUAUCCCAUCCAAGAACGAACCAUCCACACAAUAG